UCGUCCAAUCCUGUUCACGUGUGCGGCUGGUGCUGCGUACAGGAAAGGUUUACUUUACUUUGUAAAUAUGUGAACGGCUGCGCUUCUCUUCUGCUCCAUUCAUCGUUUCUUUACGUCGCUUUACAUUUUUCUGAACCCAGUGUACGCACCCUACACCUCUUCCAAGCCCCAGCGACAUCGACGGGUAACAUGUCCAUGUUCAGCACGGGCAUCCUUGUGCUGACGUCCCCCCUCCACACCCUCCCCUUGCGCAUCGCCCCGGUGCUCAGCUCGGCCUCCCAGCUCGUGGAGCGCACGCUGUAUGUCCACCUCCACCCCGGGCUGAACCUGGGAGGCGGGAGCCAGCCCCGGCCCGUUUUCAUCCCGCCCGCCGUCGACCUGUCCACGCUCAUCACCCGCCUUUACAGCAACGCCGCGGACGUGUGCGGCCACCUGGACGUCCGGGUCCUGCUCACCAACGUGUGCCCUCAGUCGGGGGCCUGCAGCGGGAACGCGGCUCCGAACGGCCCCUUUCCGACGCCGCAGCGCCUGACUCACUCCCCGGAGGUGGUGCUGACGGACUUUGCCCUGCAGGAACCGGGCCAGUCCCAUCAGGUCACGCAGUGUCUGCAGAAGUACGCCGGCCACUGCUACGUGUGCAGCCCCAGCCUGCAGCCGGUGCUGCUUCACCCGCAGCUGAAGCUGCAGGAGAAGCAGGACGAGCUGAGCGACCCCGAGGAAAAGGCGGAGUGCUUGGAGACCUACGGCGACGUGGUGGUGGGGGGGACGUUCGAUCGGCUCCACGGGGCCCACAAGACGCUGCUCAACAUCUCCUGCCUGCUGGCCAGUAGACGGUUCCUCAUUGGCGUGUGCGAUCAAGCAAUGCUCAAAAAGAAGGUGCUAAAGGAGCUGAUUGAGCCGUACUCUCUGCGGGUCCAGAAACUACAGGAGUUCCUACAAGACGUCAAACCUUCUCUGCAGGUGGAGAUCGUGCCUCUGGACGACCCCUUCGGCGUGUCCAUCACUGACCCCCUGCUGCAGUGCAUUGUGGUCAGCGAGGAGACUAGAAAAGGAGGCGAGGCCGUCAACAAGAAACGAGCUGAGAAUGGACUUCCAGUUCUUGUCCUCCAUGAGAUCCAGCUGCUGAAGGACGCCCACCACACUGAGACGGAGGAGGAGAAGAUCAGCUCCUCCAGUCUGCGCUCUCGACUGCUGGGCACCCUCCUCUCCCCACCUAAAGACACGUCCCACCUCCCUCCUCUCCCCUAUGUGAUCGGACUGACGGGAGGCAGCGGCAGCGGGAAGAGCUCCAUCGCCAGGCAGCUGGAGGCGCUCGGCGCCGUUCGGAUCGACUGCGACAAACUGGGUCAUGACGUGUACCAGCCGGACUCCGCCGCUCAUCACAAAGUGCUCCAGGAGUUUGGGUCAGAUCUCCUGAAUGAAGAUAAGACCAUCAACAGACGCGCAUUAGGAAGAAAAGUUUUUGGGAACCAGGAGCGACUAAAAGCUCUAACGGACAUCGUGUGGCCUGAGAUUGCACUUAUGGUGAAGAACAGAAUCAGCCAAGCCAGAGAGGAAGGAAAACAGGUUUGUGUGGUGGAUGCGGCCGUUCUCCUGGAGGCCGGCUGGACAGACCUGGUCCACGAGGUCUGGGUCACCGUCAUCCCUGAGGAGGAGGCAGUGUCGAGAAUAACAGAGCGGGACGGAGUCACAACGGAGGACGCCCUGCGCCGGCUGCAGAGUCAGUGGUCCAGCUCCAAGCAAGUGGAGCACGCUAACGUGGUGCUCAGCACGCUGUGGGAGCCGGAGGUCACUCGGAAACAGGUAUUGAAAGCUUGGAAUCUCCUUCAAAAGAGAAUCCAACAGAGGCCAGAAGGACAGUAGUCGCCGCGUCGAACCGGCCGAGCGCACAGAACCAGGAAACGUCGGCCGCGCGGACGUCGUGCGCACAAGUGACUGAUCUACGUUAAGCCUUAGAACGAAGUGACGCCAAGCUCCCUCACUUCUUUGACCAGUGCCUGACUGACUUUCCACAGGUUUUUAAAGUCUAGUUUUGUUUUCAGAGAUGUUUAGUUGAAAGACGAAUGGAGGGCGGAAAACACUUCUCGAUCUAGAAUUCCUCCCUGGGAUUAAUAAAGCGUUGUCUUUAACCGAGAGCUGUAGGUCUGGCAAAAGACGAACAGCAAUUCAAGACGAUAUUAACACUCUAAUCCCUCUCAGCAAAAAGUUCUGUCUCCUUUCCGUGUCUUCUACUUAUAAAUGAUAUAAGCGUUUCCUCGAGACGCAACUCUGUCAUUAAAUCAUAGAUUUAAAUAAUUUUAGACGUGGGUUUUUCAGGAUUUGGAGAAUAUAUGAACUAAUGAGUAUAAAUACUAAAUAAAGGGCAUUGUAGUGCAGGAAUAUGUGCAAUAGAUAAUAGUUUGAUGAGGGUACUGUAAAAAAUAUAUCAGUAAGAGGUAAAUCAAGGUAUUUGAGUGAAUUAUGGGAAAUGUUAUAGUGCGGCAGUUUAGUGAAUCUGACUAGUAGGCAAAAAAAAAAAAAUCUAUUGGUUUUGAAAUGAACAUUUUAUAAGUGCAAAAAAAAAAAAAAAAAGAAUAUUUGAAUAUUGGUUUUUGGACAUAUUUGGUAAAAGCCUGCUGGGUAUUGAGGAGAGUAAACCCAAAGUCAUGGGGUUAUAAGUCAAUGUUCUGACAGGAAGGACGACAUCCCGUCUGUUGUUUUAGCUCCACCAACAUCAUCAUAAGUCAGUUACUGGUGUCUUUUAAUUCACUUGCAUGUGGACGUCUUUAUAUAUAUAUAUAUUGGCAAUUAAAUUAAAAGACUUAAACCGAC